ACAAAAGAAAGGUGUACAAUAAUGGCAUUUGAAAUAGAUUACAACGAAGUGUUAGAUUUUGGCGAGGAGGCGGUGAAGAGUGUGGAUGAAAAGAUGAAAAUUUUAAGGUUUGCCUAUAACUGGGCUGAUGUGGUGGUUCCAAAGGAAGAGAAACAAGAGACAAAGAUAGCAGCGAAAAAACGGGAUCCUCAAAUAAUGCUAAAGCACACGCACAAAAAACGAAUGAGGGAAAUUGAAGACAAAAGGAAACACCAGCUGAAAUUAGACCAGGUGCAUGAGGAAUUGUUGAAAGUCUUCAAUGCUAAAGGAAAAGAAAAGGAAAGGACUCAAGGGAGAGAUCCACAAAAAAUCUUGAAAUACAAACAUAAGAUACUUAUGAAGAAUAUUGAGUUGAAACAAACGACUAAUACAUUGAUCCUGGGUACAUACAGAGAAAUACUGGUAAGAAAACAACGAAUUUCUCUAUAA